AUGCCCCCACCUCUUCCACCCAUCUCCGCCUCAUGCCCCCACCUCUUCCACCCAUCUCCGCCUCAUGCCCCACCUCUUGCACCCAUCUCUGCCUCAUGCCCCACCUCUUGCACCCAUCUCCGCCUCAUGCCCUCACCUCUUGCACCCAUCUCCACCUCAUGCCCCCACCUCUUGCACCCAUCUCCGCCUCAUGCCCCCACCUCUUGCACCCAUCUCCGCCUCAUGCCCCCACCUCUGGCACCCAUCUCCGCCUCAUGCCCCCACCUCUUGCACCCAUCUCCACCUCAUGCCCCCACCUCUUGCACCCAUCUCCGCCUCAUGCCCCCACCUCUUGCACCCAUCUCCGCCUCAUGCCCCCACCUCUCGGCCACACACCUCUCACCACUCUCACCCAUGCCUCUCAUCCCCACCUGUAGCCACUUGCACCCUUGCCUCUCAUCUCGCCCACCCUAA